GUCGCCGCCGCCUGCGCCCUCCGCGCGCAGCUGAGCCCGCGCCGGGCCAAGCCGGCCCCUUCCCAUGCGGGCGGCGCGGGCCCUGGGAGGGUCGCCCGGAGCCAGCCGCGCAGCAUGCACUGGGGGGUUGGCUUUGCCUCGUCCAGGCCGUGCUUGGUGGAUCUGAGCUGGAACCAGAGUGUCUCCUUCUUCGGCUGGUGGGCCGGGUCCGAGGAGCCCUUCUCUUUUUAUGGGGACAUCAUCGCUUUCCCUUUGCAGGAUUACGGUGGGAUCAUGGCAGGGCUGGGCUCCGAUCCCUGGUGGAAGAAAACCCUUUACUUGACUGGGGGAGCUUUGCUGGCCGCAGCUGCGUAUCUGCUCCACGAACUCCUGGUCAUUAGGAAACAGCAAGAGCUUGACUCCAAAGAUGCCAUUAUUUUGCAUCAGUUUGCAAGACCUAACAAUGGUGUUCCCAGUUUAUCUCCUUUCUGUUUGAAAAUGGAAACCUAUUUAAGGAUGGCUGACUUACCCUAUCAGAACUAUUUUGGUGGAAAACUCUCUGCUCAAGGGAAAAUGCCUUGGAUUGAAUAUAAUAAUGAAAAAGUUUCUGGCACAGAAUUUAUAAUUGAUUUUCUGGAAGAGAAACUUGGAGUGAAUUUAAACAAAAACCUUGGCCCUCAUGAAAGAGCCGUGUCCCGAGCAGUGACCAAGAUGGUGGAGGAGCACUUCUACUGGACAUUAGCUUAUUGCCAGUGGGUGGACAAUCUCAAUGAGACCCGGAAGAUGCUCUCUCUUAGUGGUGGUGGUCCCUUCAGUAACCUGCUGAGGUGGGUCGUGUGCCACAUAACGAAAGGAAUCGUGAAGCGCGAGAUGCAUGGCCACGGCAUUGGCCGCUUCUCAGAGGACGAGAUUUACAUGCUGAUGGAGAAGGACAUGCGGUCUUUAGCAGGGCUUUUGGGUGACAAGAAGUACAUCAUGGGGCCAAAACUUUCCACUCUCGAUGCCACCAUCUUUGGACACUUGGCGCAGGCAAUGUGGACCUUACCAGGGACAAGACCUGAGCGGCUGAUCAAAGGUGAGCUGAUCAACCUUGCCAUGUACUGUGAGAGGAUAAGGAGGAAAUUCUGGCCUGAGUGGCACCACGAUGAUGACAACACCAUCUAUGAAUCUGAGGAGAGCAGUGAAGGCAGCAAAACUCACACCCCCCUGCUGGAUUUUAGCUUAUACUCAAGGACAGAGACCUUUGAAGAUGAGGGAGCAGAGAACAGUUUUUCCAGAACCCCAGACACAGAUUUCACCGGACACUCACUCUUUGAUUCUGAUGUGGACAUGGAUGAUUACACAGAUCAUGAACAGUGCAAGUGACGUCCAGCCUUGUUGACCCUCUUCCUUUGGAGCUGCCACAACUUGGGGUCGGCCCAUUUUCCCAGGUAGAAAUCCAUCUGAGCUGGGAGGAGAUCUUCGUGCUUGGCCCAGUUUUCACAUGCUAACUGGACAAUAGCCGCCUUAUUUCUUUUUUGUACAGAGAAAACACAGAACCAUUCAAAUGACUGCAUUUAAAGCAAACAGGAAAAAAAUCAGCAUGGUUCCUGAAAUCCAUUUUUGUUUUCAUUAGAAAACUAAUAUUGUGUGGCAGAGCAGGUAAAUAAGUGGAUUGUCACCUCUUCAGUUGAGGGCAUAGUUGUAAAAUGGAUUUUUGAGCAUCCUUCAUCCACUAGGAGUUGACAAGACUUGUCGUCAGACAAGACUUAGGAGAUAAAUGUUCUUUGGUGGCCACUUGUAUGUUAUGUGUAUAAUUGAAUGUUGAGAAAUAAGUCAAAUAAAGUCCACAGGUAACCAAUGGACACCUACUAUGUGCAAAGCACUGAGCUGGGUGCUAAUCAGUAUCAGUUUUAUUCUAUGCCCUGCCAGUGACUAGAUGUGUGAUUUUGGGCAAGUCCCUUAACUAUUGUGUGCCUCAUUUCUCCCACCUGUAAAGUGGGGAUAACAAUACUCUCCACCUUCCUACCUCACAGGGCUGUUGUGGGGAUUCAUGUGGUAACAUUCGUAUGGCACUGGAAACCUCUUAGAAGUGGUAUGACACGUACACAUUUUAUUCUUUCU